GGCGCUGCCAGCCCGGCUUCUGCCCGGGAUUCGGAUCCCAGGAGCAGGGGGUCCGGGGCGCCGGUGUCCUCCCUGCCGCCGCCGCCUCCUCCCUCUCGCGCUCACCUGCGCCUAUUAGUCCACUCGCCUUCAAGGCCAGUGGCUCCAGCCCAGACGGACAGGGGACAGCAGAGGGAAAGCGCACCUGAGGAUACAAGCGGGCGCUGCACUGCCUUUUCACCCCCCAGGUGAUGAGUGAGGUUCGAAGAACGCAAGAUUUGAAAAGCGACCGUGGUGAAUGAAAGACCCCGGGUACAGGCACCACCAUGAACACGAGCAUUCCUUAUCAGCAGAAUCCUUACAACCCGCGGGGCAGCUCCAAUGUCAUCCAAUGCUACCGAUGUGGAGAUACCUGCAAAGGGGAAGUGGUUCGUGUCCACAACAACCACUUCCACAUCCGAUGUUUCACCUGUCAAGUAUGUGGCUGUGGCCUGGCCCAGUCGGGCUUCUUCUUUAAGAACCAAGAGUACAUCUGCACGCAGGACUACCAGCAACUUUAUGGCACCCGCUGUGACAGCUGCCGGGACUUCAUCACAGGGGAGGUCAUCUCUGCCCUGGGCCGCACCUACCACCCCAAGUGCUUCGUGUGCAGCUUAUGCAGGAAACCUUUCCCCAUUGGAGACAAGGUGACCUUCAGCGGUAAAGAAUGUGUGUGCCAGACGUGUUCCCAGUCCAUGACCAGCAGUAAACCCAUCAAGAUCCGCGGACCAAGCCACUGUGCCGGCUGCAAGGAGGAGAUCAAACAUGGCCAGUCGCUGCUGGCGCUGGACAAGCAGUGGCAUGUCAGCUGCUUCAAGUGUCAGACCUGCAGUGUCAUCCUCACCGGGGAGUACAUCAGCAAGGAUGGCGUUCCGUACUGUGAGUCUGACUACCACUCCCAGUUUGGCAUUAAAUGUGAGACCUGUGACCGAUACAUCAGCGGCAGGGUCUUGGAGGCAGGGGGGAAGCACUACCACCCAACAUGUGCCAGAUGCGUACGCUGCCACCAGAUGUUCACCGAAGGGGAGGAGAUGUACCUCACAGGUUCUGAGGUUUGGCACCCCAUCUGCAAACAGGCAGCCCGGGCAGAGAAGAAGUUAAAGCAUAGACGGACAUCAGAAACUUCCAUCUCACCCCCUGGAUCCAGCAUCGGGUCACCCAACCGAGUCAUCUGCGACAUCUACGAGAACCUGGACCUCCGGCAGAGACGGGCCUCCAGCCCAGGAUACAUCGACUCCCCUACCUACAGCCGGCAGGGCAUGUCCCCCACCUUCUCCCGCUCCCCCCACCACUACUACCGCUCUGGGCCUGAGAGUGGCCGGAGCUCUCCAUACCAUAGCCAGUUAGAUGUGAGGUCCUCCACUCCGACCUCUUCUCACCAGCCUCCCAAGCACUUUCACAUCCCAGCUGGAGAAAGUAACAUCUACCGGAAACCCCCGAUCUACAAACGGCAUGGUGAUUUGUCUACAGCAACCAAGAGCAAAACAAGUGAAGACAUCAGCCAAGCCUCCAAGUACAGUCCGGCAUAUUCACCAGACCCGUACUAUGCCACGGAAUCUGAGUACUGGACCUACCAUGGAUCUCCCAAAGUGCCCCGGGCCAGAAGGUUCUCAUCUGGAGGAGAGGAGGAUGAUUUUGAGCGCAGCAUGCACAAGCUCCAGAGUGGGAUCGGCCGGCUGAUUCUGAAGGAGGAGAUGAAGGCCCGGUCAAGCUCCUAUGCUGAUCCCUGGACCCCUCCCCGGAGCUCCACCAGCAGCCGGGAGGCCCUGCACACAGCUGGCUACGACAUGUCCCUCAAUGGUUCCCCUCGGUCACACUACCUGGCUGACAGCGAUCCCCUCAUCUCCAAAUCUGCCUCCCUGCCUGCCUACAGAAGAAACGGGCUGCACAGGACACCCAGCGCAGACCUCUUCCACUACGACAGCAUGAACGCCGUCAACUGGGGCAUGAGAGAGUACAAGAUCUACCCUUAUGAACUUCUCCUGGUGACCACAAGAGGCAGAAACCGACUGCCCAAGGAUGUGGACCGGACUCGCCUGGAGCGCCACCUGUCCCAGGAAGAGUUCUACCAAGUCUUCGGUAUGACCAUCUCUGAGUUCGACCGGCUGGCCCUGUGGAAGAGGAAUGAGCUCAAGAAGCAAGCUCGGCUGUUCUAGGCGGAGGCUCUAUAACUAUAUAUAUGCAUUUCUACAAAGAUAGCUGUAAAGUCUCAACACAGAAGCUUGGUGUAACCCUCUCUUGUAUAAUGGGGCAUGCUGCCUGCCAGGGAUUCACUUUUCUGUACUGUCAGGCAAGCCUGCACCAUCAAGAUAUUUUUAUGCUCCUUACUCCCUCUUUUCUAAGUGCUGUGGGACCUGGGAAGGGAUUUGAGGGGACUCUGUCCUUUGACAGGGGAUCCUUUUUAUAUCAAAACAUCUGUCCUUCCUAACUUGAGUCCCCUAAAGUCCAACUCUCAUUCCUAGAAAAGGUGCCUAGAGACACCUCUCUUCUCUCUGCUUCUCGGCCCUUAUUCCAAGGCCCCAGCACUGAUGCUGACCAUGGGGUUUUCACAUCUUAUUGGCCCCAGAGGGGCCCUCCCACAGGAGGAUACACAAUGACCUUCUGAACCACGGAGCGCCUUGGAGAUCCCAAGAAGAAUUUUCUCAAAAUCCCCACUUAGGAGCUCUCUGGGGGAUGAUGCACUUGUAUGUAUGAGCCUCAAAUCCACUGGCUCUUCCAGUAAACAGAAGUGAAUAGGGCCCUGGUCUCUCCUCAGCUCUUCAACCCUCCUCCUUCUGCCCCUUGACCCUAACCUCUCCCUUGUCCAAAUCCAGAAUCCAUGGUAGGAAAAAAAAAAAAAAAGGCACUUCCCUUCCCUCCGCCACUUCCAACUGGCCCCUCUGCCUGGCCUGGACUUAGAAGACCAGAGGAAAGGAGAGGAAGCUGGGUGUGGGAGAUGGAGCCUGGCACCUGUUGAAAUCUGAGCUGCAGAACUCAUUGGGACCUCCUCUUCUUCACUGCUCCCUGCAACUCCCCACCUUGGCCCUUUCAAGGAGAGGCCCAGUACAGCAGCCUGUAUUCUUCAGCCUUAUUACAAUCUAUGUGCCUGACAACUCAACAACCACAGGGCUAUGUUCCCACCUUAGCUCCUACCCAAAAACUAGACAAGCAACUCUCACCACGGUCUGGAGGGAGAGUGGGCCACAUCCAAGAGAAAGGUCCUGGUUGGUGCCACUAGUCCUUAGCCUAGCAGAAAAACCAUCCCAGACCCCACCCAUCCCUGCUCCUGCUAAGAAGUUGGCUGUAUCACACAAGGAAACUUCAGAAAAAGGUUGCUUGCAGGAUUCCCAAGUGAAGCAGUGGCCAGCACUGCUCAUGGUCAUCCCCACUUUCCCCGUGGCUGCCUUUUCUGCCUCCUUGCCUUCUGGAACACGGUGGAAACUUAAACUUCUCUCCUCCCUUCUCCAAACCUUGAGCCCUGUGUUGGUAAUGUUCAGUGGGGGCUGUUCCUGCAUGGAGAUGUCUUGAGUCAGACCAUUUUGAGGUCUUGGAGGAAGGAUGAAGAAGUGGAAAUGACAGUUACGACUCUGAAGACUCUGGUGAUGUGAAGUGGCCAAUGUAGAACUGACUUCAACAAACCCCCACUGAGCACCUACUGCUGCUGCACGCUUGCUGAAUACGGGGCACUGAAUGGGAGAGGGGGGACACUGGGAUGAGACACCACAGGCCCUGGGCUUAGAGACAGUCUACUCAUCAUGGGUAUCUUAAAGCAGUUACCCAGACAUGAUGGGUGUAAGGAAGAAAGUGACAGGAGAAGGCGUGAGAAUGUGUGUGUGUGUGUAUGUGACACUGAAAAGGCAUAUGCAGUCCGUGCCGACCAAGGAAAGCUUUUGAAAAGAGACUGUAUUGAGCAAAGUUCAGGAAGUAUCUGUGUACACUGGGAGGAGACUGUAUGUUGAAAGGGUGAUAGGGUGAGGGACCAGAAGGGAAGUCUAGUAUACUCACAUUUAAAAGUCACCCCCCUCCCAUAACUUCUCUCUUUGGCCAGUGUCAAUAACUUCCCUGACCCUUUAGAAAUGUCCCCAGUCAGACACAAUCAUUGAAACUGCCUCAUAAUCACCGGUUGAGAACUUGGCGAGAUGGAAGAGCUUUUGUUAUUGUUGUUGAAUAUUUUUGUUUCCCAUAAAAGCACACCAUUUCAACCCAAACCUCUGUCCUUCUGUAGUUCCUAGUGUGAGUGGAAGUGAGAGGCUGAACCAUGCACAUUGUUCAAAAUAAAAGAACCUAAAGAACA